AUGCUGGACGAUGCAUUCGGCGAGACAUGCUCAGUCUCUUGCAGCAGUAGCUCGUCACCCGCGGUGGAGCGCACGCUACGACGUCGACGAUCAGCAGCGUCGGCAUCGCUGCUUUCGAAACCAUCGAUGCUCACGCUUGGCCGAUUGGAUCCAUCGUUCGAAACGUGCGUCUUGGUGUAUCUGACUUGUUGGCCUUCCUCUACUCGUCUAGUGUAUGCACUGUUCGAACCGAACUUUUUAGUGGAUGGUAGCAGCCGCGCGAUUCGCAAACUCGAUCGGUCUACAUGGGAGCGCUUGCGAUCGCAUGUUGAAGAGUUGCGGAUUGUGGCCUUGUCAUGUCGAUUUGACCAAGCCGAGUCUGGCGCACCGGAUGCACGGACGAGAAGAUCGGACUGCAUGUUUGACUUGUCCACUCGUACCGAUGAUGCAACGAUUACGCGGAUGUACCUGCAACCGCAGUCGUACACAAGUGUACCUGCGAGAUGCAAAGAUGACUUGCUCGAGAUCGAAAUCCACUCUCCGAGUGACGAGGGUCUGGCCAAGGAGAGAAAGGUUUGCUUGCCAGACCAGGUGAGGACGGUGUUGCAGGAUGCGGAACAGCUGAUGCAGGAUGGCGAUGCACAGAGCAUGAUUUCGCCCUCGACAGGUUCAAGUGGUUCACAGCAAGCGAAAGAGCGAGUGGAUAGCGCUGAAUUUGCAUCGGUGUGCGAUCGGAUCCUUCGACUUGUUCAAGACAUCUAG